CUGGCCGCCGGCGAGGAGUCCGACUACGGGCUGGUGACGCCGGCCGCCGCCGCCUACCGGGAGGUCUGGCAGGUGACGCUGAAGCCCAAGGGCUUGGGGCAGAGCAAGAACCUCACCGGCGUGCACCGCCUCUGCCUCUCGGCCCGCACCAUCGGCUUCGUGCGCCUCAACUGCGAGCUGCCCUCGGUCACGCUGCAGCUGAUGAACAUCCGCCGCUGCGGCCACUCGGACAGCUUCUUCUUCAUCGAGGUGGGCCGUUCGGCCGCCACCGGGCCCGGCGAGCUAUGGAUGCAGGCGGACGACUCGGUGGUGGCCCAGAACAUCCACGAGACCAUCCUGGAGGCUAUGAAGGCUCUAAAGGAGCUGUCCGAGUUCCGGCCCGCAGCAAGAGCCAGUCGUCGUCCUCCUCUUCCUCCGGGGGGGCGGCCGGAGGCGGCGGCCCCUCGGCCACGCACCCCAUCACUGUGCCGGUCCGCCACUAGCCCCGUUAGUCUCUCCUCCAGCAGCGGCUUGGGCUCCGAGCCGGCCCACCCGCAUCACCCGCAGCGCCCGUCCAGCGGCAGCGCCUCGGUGUCCGGCUCGCCCAGCGAUGCGGGCUUCAUGUCCUUCGACGAGUACGGCUCCAGCCCGGGCGGCGACCCGCGGCCCUUCUCCUCCUCUUCCACCGCCAGCAACCGCAGCAACACGCCGGAAUCGGUGGCCGAGACCCCGCCGGUGCGGGAUUCCGGCGGCGGCACCGAUCUCUAUGGCUACAUGGCGAUGGAGCGGCCCCCGAGCGGCCGUCUCUGCUACCGGCCUUGCCCCGAGGCUGAUCGGGGCCACCGCAAGCGGACCUACUCGCUGACCACCCCGUGCCGGCAGCGGCCCGCCCCGCCGCAGGUCUCCUCCGCCUCCCUGGACGAGUACACGCUAAUGCGGGCCACCUUCGCCGGCAGCGCCGGCCGCCUCUUCCCCUCCUGCCCGGCCGGGGCUUCCCCCAAAGUCACCUACACCCCCUACCCCGAGGACUACGGGGACAUCGAGAUCGGCUCUCACCGCAGCUCCGGCAGCAGCAGCACCAACCUGGGGCCGCCGGCAGGGGGGGGAGGCGGAGGCGGGGGCGGAGAUGAUGAUGGCUACAUGCCUAUGACCCCCGGCGUGGCCGCGGGCCCUUGGGUCGGGGGGGGCGGGGGUGGCGAUGACUACAUGCCCAUGAGCCCCACCAGCGUGUCAGCCCCCAAGCAGAUUCUGCAGCCCCGAGCGGGGGUGGGAGGCGGCUUCCCCGGCAACGGGAGUAGCUACAAGACCAGCUCGCCAGGGGAAAGCUCCCCCGACGACAGCGGCUACAUGAGGAUGUGGUGCGGCUCCAAGCUGUCUGUGGAGAGUUCGGACGGGAGGCUGAGCAACGGCGACUAUAUCAACAUGUCCCCUCGGGACCCCCAGCACGGGUCCCAGGCUCCCUCCCUCACACCCCCGGACUUCUUCUUCGCCCCUGCGGGGCACGGGGCUGGCGAGCCCCUCAAACCCGGCUGCUACUCUUACAGCUCCCUGCCCCGCUCCUACAAGAGCCAGGGCCUGGCUAAGGACAGCGACCAGUACGUGUUCAUGAACUCCCCGGGCAGGAUGAUCCCGGAGGAGGCGAUGUGCGGAGUGGCUCCGUCCCCGACCGGCACCUUCGCGCCCUCCAGCCACACGGUGCCUUCGCCCCUGCGGCACAGCCGGACCGAGGGCUUCCUCAGCCAGCGGUGCCAGCGGGCCAUCCGGCCCAGCCGCCUCUCUCUGGAGACCUUGCGGACGAUGCUACCCAGCAUGAACGAGCAUCCCUUGCCUCCCGAGCCCAAGAGCCCCGGGGAAUACAUCAACAUUGAUUUUGGGGAUGCCGCUGUCUAUUCUCCCCCCUCGCUGCCCACCGACAGCCCGGCCUCCUCCCUGGGCUCCGGCACGGGGCAGAGGCGCUCCCCUCUCUCCGACUACAUGAACAUCGACUUCAGCUCACAAUCACCCUCCCAGUCAGGCACGGUCUCGGUGGGCUCUUUGGAAGCGCUCUCGCCUGGCUCUUCCUCCAGCACCAGCCAGCCCGAUGGGCGCUACAUGAAGGCGUCUGGGGGGGUGGCCUGUCUGUCCAGCCCAUCUGACAGCGGGGAUUACACUGAGAUGACCUUCGGCAUGGCCACUACCCCACCCCAACCCAUCGUUCAGAAGCCAGAAAGUGCCCGGGUUACCAGCCCCACGGCCGGGGUGAAGAGGCUCACCCUCUCUGGGGUGGAGGCCUUCAUUCUUUCCAACCCACCUCCAGACCCCAACCGUGGGGCCAAGGUCAUCCGGGCUGACCCCCAGGGGCGCAGGAGGCACAGCUCGGAAACUUUCUCCUCCACCACCACUGUGACCCCCGUGUCCCCCUCCUUUGCACACAACCCCAAAAGGCACAACUCAGCCUCGGUGGAGAACGUGUCCCUCAGGAAAAGCGAAGGCCUGGAGGAGGAGCAGGGCAGCAGCCCCAUGUGCAGGGAGACCUCGGCUGGCUUCCAGAACGGCCUCAACUACAUCGCCGUCGACUUGGUAGAUGGCAGCCUGGCAGGCUGUGACAAAGCCAGGUCGAAAGCCAGGCAUGUCCUGAACGGAGGUGUCAAUGGAGUGGAGAUGAGCGCCUACGCCAGCAUAGACUUUCUGUCUCACAACCUGAAAGAAGCAAGCGCUGUGAAAGCAGUUGCUGUGCACCCAGGCUGCCCCAUGUGGCAUUGUGCAUCUUGCUUGGAGCGCACCCCAUGGCGGCUGGGCUCGUCUCCGGGAGUGAUGGGAGGAUGUCGGGGCACCAACGCUCUGCGUUCAGUGACAAAAGCAAGCCAACGAAAUGUGAAACGAGGGCUGAGGGAGAAUGAAGUACAGGAAGAUGGAAAAGAUGAGAGCUCCAGCGCUGGCAGAGCAAGCGUUGAACCUAAUUAACGCGAGAGGAUUGUUGAAUGAGAUGGCAAAGUUUUAAAAGGAUGCACGCUUAUUCUGAAUGACUUGAAGGGCUGAGGGCAGAGUGUUAUUUGGCCAUUGCUUUUGUUUUUGCUGGUGUCAUUUUCGGGAUUCGUAUGUCGUGACCUAAAGCGGUGCAGAUGCUGUGCGUAUGGGUUGCGUUGCCCUGUACAAGGCCAGCUUUGAAUUCACAGCCUAGGAAACACAAGCUAUUGUGUGUGUUUCUUUGCAAACUGAUUUUUCACAGAAAUAACGGGUUUUCUAGAGCCACCUAUGGCCCUAAGUGCAAACCAAACUGUUGUUGGGAAAGAACUAUUUCCAUAGCAAUCUCCAAACUGCUGACCCCAAGGCAGAGGGAGAAAACAGGGGGAGAGCAGUGGGAGGCAGUGACAGAGAAAACCUGGUGUGUAUGGCAGAGCUCCCAUUAGCCGGUUUGGGAGUGGGAGUGGGGCAGCUGAGCUGGGGACUGACUGCUGUCCUCCUGCAAAGUAAACAAAGGGGUAAUGCCAGAAACAUGGCCACGUUAAUUUGGUACAUAAUGUACUGAGGAGAGGAUUUAAUUCUAUUGUAUAUUUAUCAAAGCGUGGUUAUAGACAGAUUUUAAUAUUUAAUCUGUAUGUGUAUUUAUUUUCCCUAUUUCCUUUAAGCUCAUAAACGUAGACCUCAUCCAGAAGUGCUCUGGGUAAACUCGCUGAGGUUUAAUCUCCACGUAGGAGGCAAAGCUCUCCCUCCCGUUUCCCUGGAAAAUGUGUCUGCCUGCUGCGCAGUUGCUCUACUCUGGGAUUGCUGUAGCCAAUAUGAAGCGAGGGCGGUAAGAAAAAGCUGCACAAGCAUCAGUCAGAGUGCUCUGGGUUGUAUGUCAAACCCAGGGCUUCACGUGAGCUGUGUUUGUGGCAGGAGAGCAGGAAAAGCUGUAGUAGGGAGAAGUAGAAAUACAUCAGGAAGAAACUUGUCAGGGUAUGUGGGAUCCACUUGUGCAAAUUUCCAGGUUUCUCUUUUGGUUUUCAUUAGGAUUUCACACUGGAGUUUGUUUACAGUGCUGCUUCUGCCACUGUUAAAUUAUCACUUAGUGUUGUGUAUUUAAAUUCCGAAAGCUGUGGCUUGGGAGAUUGUUAAGACUUUCAUAUUCUGCAGAGAAAUAUAGAGACAAUUUAAAGGAAACUAUAUUUGAGCAAAAGCAAGAGUAAACUGUUAUUUUAACACAGCAGUAAUUCCGGUAGAUUUGAGAGAAUCUAUUUUAGUAAAAUAAUGGUUUGCAUGAGAGAUCUCUUACAUCACAUGUAAUCAGCAUUGUUUACUGGGCUGUUUGCACGAUUUUCAAAUUUUGUUUUUGCAUAUUUAUCUAAUUGGUAGGCUUUGCCUUUUCAAACAGAAGAGGGACUUUUCUAUGGAGUUCUUAAGACAAUGGAGGAUCCAUGUACGCUUAAUAAUUGGAGCAAGCGAACAAGUCAGAUACAGGAUAUACAAACAAGCUCCUUAUAAUUACUUUAAUAGUAAAUUAGUGUAAAAUACAUGGAAAAAAUCAAUUUGAAUUCUUCUUAAGCUCUGUAGCAAUCAAUGUAUUUUCACGUGGAUAAAUGCUUUGCAGGAAAUUGUCUGUGUUAUUUGAAGGUGGUUGGUUUUCACUUGUAGCUUUUUUCUGCUGCCAGUACCUGACCUUUGCUGUAGCAGUGCUGUGUUUCUGGGAUCUCUUUCCAUGUUGUCCUCUCAAGACAAGAGCGAGCUUGUGCCACCACAAUGGCUGUGACAACAGAGAAAUCAAAAGGUUGCUUGAAAUCAUCAGUGCGUUUAGUUUUACUGUACUCUGACAAUGUGCGCAUACUUAAGAAUCUGAGAAAUGCUUACUUUCUUCCAAUUUGUAAAUAAAGUAAUGGUUUUACUGGUCAGUUAAAGCUCUUGUUGGAUGUGGAUAAUUAGCUAGCCUUUCGUUCUGACAUUCUGACUGCUUUUUUGCUUAAAGAAAUGUAUGCCCUGUGUAUGGUUUUAUUAUUUAUAGAGACAUUUGCAGUCUUUUUCUCACAUAGUGUCAAUUAUUUAUUCCAGUGUAUUUAUGGCAGGUAACACUCAACAAUGAGGUGACUUUUUAUGCUGAAUCUUAACUCUGUUGAAGUAAAGUGGGAGUUUUGUCUUGGUUUCAGAGGGUUAAAGAUUUUACCUUUUGUGUGUAAUCCUGGAAUUUGAAGUAAAAUUCCCAUUAAGGUUAGUGACUGUAAUUGGGAGUUGUGCUUAAUUGAAAACACUGGGUGUGUUAUCAUUCAUUUUUGUCUUCUCUUAACAAAAUGCUCUGUAACUUUUAAAUGCUUAUAGUAUUUGGUCUAAUUUUCUAAAACUGAACAGAUAUUAUGUAUAAUGGUGACCAAAAAAAAAAAAAAAACAAGAAAAAAAAAACCCACCACCAACAACUGAGGAUUGUUUACUUCCUGUGUUAGUUUUGUUGUCUUAAUAGUAAUCAUCUGUAAUGCAUCUACUGAAGAUCGUAAUAAGGUGAUUUUUGAUAAUAAUGAACCUCCCCCUUGUUAAUUAGUUCUUACUUUUGUGAGGGUUUUGUGAUUGCAUCUAAACCAAAUAAAAAGCCUAUCUUAAGAACUCUCUCCCUGUGUCUUUCUAAUGGCAUUUCAUAUUAUUUCAAACGUAACCCUUGUUUCUUUUCUUUUUUUUUCCAGAUAGCUUUGCACAAUGAAUUAUUAAAUUUUUUUCCAUUCUAGUAUGCCAACUGCCAUAAAGUUUUGAUUCUGAGAGCAGCGUGAGAAUAUUUAAUUGUCUCAUUUCCAAAACUUGUAUUCAUUUUUUUAAAUGACUUCUUAAAAGGAUCGAAAGAACUGUAUGUUGUAUUAGAAACCCGUACGUCCUUUAAAAUCAUCUUUGAGUAAAUUAGUUGUAAGCAUAGUAUUUUCCCUUGCUGAUAAGUUCCUUAAGAACAUCAUAAAUAACACGUGAAAGAACUGAACUGCUUUUAUCAACUCGCAUAGUUGGAUUUUACCGUUUGGAAUUAAACAUUUGAGGUUGUCUUUUACUGCCUCUGUGAAAGUACUUUUUGUCUCUCAGAUUGCAUUUUACAGGUAACCACACCAAAAUGGCGAAGCCUGAACCCAGCAGCGCCAUUUGUGGAACAAAAUGUAAACUGAAGCUAUCUGAGAUUAAAUGAAGCCUUUGAUAUUUUAAAUUCUGUUGAUUAUGUGGAUAUCAGCUUUUUACAAGCAGAUAGAGUAUUUAAACUUAUAACAUGUAUUAGACUUCUAUUUUGUUUUAUACUCUAAAUUACAUUUAGCUAUACUAUUCUUGUUAGGAAUGUCAUGGUUGCUUUGAGUCAUUUAAGAUAAAUUGUUAUAGACAGAGUUGAAUGGUGGGUUUGUUCUAAAAUGCACCGGUACAGUCAUUGCUCAAGGCAGAGGAAAUGCUUAGGCUGAUGAUUGCUUCUGAUUACUUGAUUUCUUUCAAGAUAGCUACAAAAACUAACGUUCCCUUGUAACUAAAAUGCAUAAAGAAGUGUUUGAACAGAAAGAGCAUUAGGACUUGUUUUAUGUGGCGGUCUUUGGUUUGUUUGUUGUUGUUAUGUAUUGGUUGUUUUUUCUCUAAUAAGGAGGGAAUAGCAUGGGAUUUUUACACUUGAUUUACUGUCAUUUUUAAAUAGCAGUAAUUAUACCGGAAUGCUGAAGUGGAUUCAAAGUUCAAGCAUCUACACAAAAAUGAUGCUAUCAUUAGUGUAUGUAAUGUAACUUUCCUCCCCAUUUGUCAAUUCAAUGGCAACAUAGACACAUUCAGGCAUUUUUCUCUUUGUAUCAGAUUUUCAGUAAAGCACUUAGGAAGCACAGUUAAUAUGUUUAUUUUCAAAGUAAUGAACAUAAAUAGCCAUAGCUUGCUGUUUUUUUUUUAUUUGUUGAGGGUGCAGUAUGCUGUUACAGUGGUUGUCUGCUUGUUUUCUUUGUGUCUACGUGUGUUAUGUAUUAGUUGUGGAGUACUGUAGCAGAGUUUGUGGAGUUUUAACAUUAUGUUAGCAAGAUGUGAUUAAUAACAGUAAAAUACGAGUGUAGUGACUUAUUUGAUCAAUAAGGGUGUGCAGUGUUGAGGGUUUCACAAUUCUUUUUGUUAUUUCUUUGAAUGUUUGCUUUAAAGUGAGCUGUAAGUAUGUGGAAAUCAGUAGCAUCCAUUCAUAGAUAGUGCACUGGAGUGCAGUUGUUGUUAAAGUUUCUGUGUGUAUAUACAUGCAGGGGGUCAAGAGUGGCAGUCCUGAAGAGCCAAGUUCAGCUGAGUAGUUCCUUGCUGCCAAUUGCUGGAAAGACAGCUUUUCCUUCUGGAGCCUGUCCAAAGGACAACUUCUUUUUGUUUUCACCCUGGUGUUUGUCUCUAGAACCUGACCGUGUGUAUCUCCUGGUCCUCUAGAAUCAGCUGAAGUAAACAGAACUCCUCUAGAGGACCUCUCCUCCAACCUUAUGUAGACAACUACUAGAAAGCAGCAUGAAUUUUCCCCUCCGCUUGGCUGCACCUCUGUGAGCUGCAGAAGAAACCUGGGUUACUGGUUUAGAUCACAUUCCUUGUUUCCACACUCCUUUACGUUGGAUGAAUCCUGUAGUUUCAGGGUUAUAUUUAUACUUGAGGCUUAGGCAUUGUUAGCUGGACUGAUAGAAAAAGCACCGUAAAGGUUACUUGCACUUUUACAGAGGGUAACUUAAAACAGUGCACUUCAGUUUUAGAGACAGACAAUAACACUUGAGCCUUACUAAAGGACAACAGAGGAGCAUCAUCUCUGUUAGGCACUAUGGGCAGCUUUCCUGAGGAACAGGCAUUGUUGCUGAGACUCCUCUGGUAACUGGUGUGCAUUGGAGGUGUGCUACUAUCUGGCAGCUGCAGUGCAGUGAAGACCUCCAACACCAGUCAAAGCAAAACUAGCAUUGUUCAGCAUAAAUAUUUGUUCUAAAUGUGAGGGAUUCAAUUGGAAGUCUAUUAAAAAACAAAAACAAACAAACAAAAAGACAAUAUUUUGAGUUCUGUUAUCUACCCAGUUUUUCAUUAUUUACAAAUUAUCUGUUUUUCUUUUCAAAUAAUCAAUUAUUUAUCAGUAGUGACAGUCCUGAGUUAUGCAUAGGUGUAGGAAAAUAAUAACAAAAAGCAAUUUUUUGCACACACAUUGGAGGGCAAUGAGUUUUCUAAAGAAAUGCACUAGGAGCUGCAAGUGGAGAAGUAAUGCAUCUUUUUGGCAUUGAGUUUGUUUUCUGUCAAACCUGGAUUUGCUUGUCUUGGUUAUACUCAAAAUAUAUACAAAAAAAAUAAAAAUUACAAAAUAAAAACCAGAGUGUCUUUUUAUCUUAACUAUUUCUGUCAUUGGUUUGCUGACUGAAAAACUGAAAUGCCAGACCUAAGCCCCUCCUCUGAUCAUAACAUCUACAUUGCGGAAGAGGAUCGUAGUAGCCUGAUUCCAUAGAUUAGUAGUGAUUCAGUGUUUUGUUUACAUUUUGUCAAUCUCUUCAGUAUCCUAGAGGAGAACACUUCCUUCCUGGCAGAUGGCAGCCCCAGGGCCAUGCACCUGCCAUGACAGGCUCUGCGCUCGUAAUCUACCCCAGUAUCGCUGUUGACAAAAGGCUAAUGACGGGAGACUGUCUGCCUGACAGCCUCAACAAAACAGGAGCACAUUUGUCCUUCAGCCAGGCUCUGAAAGAUCUUAGGAAGGACGUUUGGGUGUAUACGCAAGAAUUAUUGUGGCAUUUAAUUUAGAAGCUUUCGUGGUGUGAGAUGCUUCUGAGAUAAUUACGUUGUAGAAAGCAAAGGGUGCCUCAAAGAAGGGAUUUUCUGUUUCUCUGCUGGAGUGACACCCGACUUCCUAUUCCACAGCUCAGUGCAGAUGGUAGGAGCACGUGUGUGAUUUAGCCAUCAGGGCUGUGGGGUGCUGGUGAGGGGCUCAGCCCUGCGCUGCUCGGAGGCUGCCGUUAGCUGUUUAUGAAUGGUGUGUGCUGCGGUUGCAUAAUGCAUUCAUUUUUCCGUCGUCUGCCUGCUAGUGUUAAAUGUUGUUAUUAUGUCACUAGGCCAGGAUCUCUUAAUUUGUCUUUCCUUCACUUGUGUGUUUGCAUUAGGUUGCCGUUCUGAUUUGAAAUGCACGUGGGUGACGUUCCUUGCGGACGCUACCCAAGGCGAGGGUGUCUUUGAAGUAGGCCAGGAUGUUCUUUGCUAAAUUUAAAAACUACCCAAAUAUUACCCAGAGUUUGUAGAGUAUUAAGCGGGAUUACAUGACGCACGGAUUAGACAUUGUUGAGCAGCUUGUUUUUGUUUGAAGGGGUCAGAAAUGGAGGCACUGGGGCUUGAGUGCAAUGCCAAGCUGGGGAACUUGCCACUACCACAAAUAGCAGAAGUUUAUUAGAAACAACAGAACGCAGUGGAAAGUCUUCUAAGCUUUUUCAAGUGAUGCUUUAAAAAAUGUGUCUGAAACGUGCUCUGGUGAUGAGUGCAAGGUAUGAAACUCACUGUUCAGUUUGGCUCAAUUUCACAGGCAGUUUCAAGUAGAUGAAGAAUAAUGCUGUAAGCAAGACUUGAGGUGAGGACUCAGCUUCUCUGUAGUCAAAGAUGAAUCAUUAAAUCUUUCCAGUAGCAGUGGGGAAAAUCCUGUCAGUGAAAUUAGAUCUAAGCAGUUUUAGUUUUACCUAUUGUCUUGUGUCUUCUCUGGCAGCAUAUUAUUUAAAAAUGAUGUUAAAGAGGGUUCUUUAUGUCCAGUUUAACCCUUCAUUAAAUUGGCAAACACGGUCAGGCUAAUGUAUGGAAUGAGGAAUUGGAAGAUUUUUCUUUUGGAUCUGGUCUUUUGCUCCCUGCAAGUUUCAGAUUUGAUUGAAUGAGACAUUCCUGUGAACAUCUUCUGUGGGAAAGAGACUUGGCUUUCAUGUGGGAGGUAAGCUACCAGGCAGGACGGGGAGAGUUGCUGAGGACAAGAAAGUGGUAGCGAAGCUGGCUUAGUUAGCCUUGGAGGAUGGAGUAACUGACCUAUACAAAGUUAUUCCUAACAACUACUAGUGCUACAUUUUAGCAUUAUUUAUAAGGAGCAGGAGUAGAAUUGACACAAACCCCUUUAGGUCAUACCAGGAAAGGAUUUAUUUGCAAGGAGGUUCUGAGAUUUGGAUCUGAAAGGUGGAGGUGAAAUUCAUCUGUAUGGUAGUUUCUCUCAAUUAUGUCAUAAUAUCAUUUGGAAAUAUUUGUAAGAGGCUGGACUUGCAUCUUUUACAAUGAAGAUUUAAUUCCUGAGCAAUUGUUUCUGCCAAAAAUCAAUGAAGCAUUAACUGUAAGAAUAUUGUCUCUUUAGCAUAACAAGAAGAAAAGUUAUGUUUCUGUUGUAAUAAUCAAGAGCUAUUGAUAAAAACUUGUGAUGAUGAUAAAUAUUCAAAUUGUUUGUGAACUGCAAAAAUUGCUUUAUUAUGAGCAUUAUUUACAACUAAUUAGUCUUGAUCUAAUUAAACUCUGAACAUUUAUAUUUAGAAUUGGAAUCAAACUGGUAAAGCGGUGCAGGGGUACGUAAUUCACUCCAUAGUGGUCACAGAACUUGUUUGUGUUCAUGACUUUAACAAUAGUUACUGGAAAUGAGUAUGCAAAGAAGCAUAAGGGAUAAAUGUAUGAUUGUAGAGCACAUAACGCUUCAGGGAGUUGGCUGUAAACAUAAAAUGGGAGUAUUAAUGACCUUAUAAACCCAAUAUUCCAGCAGUUCCCUUCACAAAUAUCAAAGCGGAUUCUUGCUUGCACAAAUAAGUGCUAGGAUGCUGCUGCUUUCUUUUGGAGUUCUACAAAAAUAUAAUUUGUCAUACUUCUCUGUUUUAAUCUGUAAAUGACAAGAUGUUAUUUGAGAAGAUAAACCUUUAACAGUAACUGGUGUAAUCUAAAUAAAUAGUAGAUUGUAUGGGUUCUAAAUAAAUAAUUUGGUAGUAAUCAGUUGAAUGUUAACCAAUAGGAUGAUUUCCAGAUAUAAAUGCACCAAUAUAUUUCAGCACUGUAAAUGAUUUCUAGACCAAGUCCUCUUUAGUUUUUUUUCCCCAUUAGUGCAAACAUUCAAGUGACAGUAAACUUAAUGCAGUGUAAGAGAUGGUAAUGUUAGAAUAGUGUAUCUGUUGUUUUUUAUUGUUUUAUUAUUGGGGCUACAGGGAUGAUGGUGAGGGAACUGGAGUAUCUCCCUUACGAAGAGAGGCUGGGGCUGUUCAGCCUGAAGAAGAGAAGGCUGAGGAGUGGGGGGAUCUUACCAAUGCUUUUAAAUAUCUGAAGAGCAGGUGGCAAAUGGGUAGAGCCAGGCUGUUUUUGGUGGUGCUCUGCAACAGAUCCGGUGGCAGUGGGCACAAGCAGAAAAACAGGAAGUUCCAUCUGAACAUGAGAGAGAUCAUCUUCCCUUUAAGAGUGACAGCACUGGAGCAGGCUGCCCAGAGAGGCUGUGGAGUUUCCUUCUCUGGAGAUACUCAGAUCCCACCUGGACUCUUUCCUGUGUCACUUGCUCUAGAGGACCUGCUUUAGCAUGGGGUUGGGCUAAAUCAUCUCCAGAGGUCCCUCCCAACCCCCAUGUUUCUAUAUUCUUGGCUAUGAUAGGAAGCAUAAACAAUAGCCUUAUACAUGGAGCUUGAAUGAGCACAGCUUAACUAGUGUGCUUUAUGGCAGAAGGAGCUGAUCUGUGCUCAGAAUGAGGUAUGUAGGACAUUUAGGUACCAUGCUGCUGUUUGAUGCAAUGGUUAUGAAAAGUCAACUGAGAGAGUGUUCUGUGAGAAAAGUUAUCCCCCAUGUCUGCUGCAUCUGUCAAGAACCUGGCAAGAUUUGACUUCCCUUCCUGGCUAUGUGGAUGCUCUGUCACCAUAGUAAGAGAAAGUAAUGCAACACUUUAUACACUUCACACUCCUCAGCAAGUAUUUUUCUUCUUUGUACUCAUAAAUUGUCUCUUGUAGCUUUACAAGACAAAACUUCAGCCAUACAAUUUUAAAACACUUACAGAGAUAUUUGAAUGACUUUCUUUAUUUGAUUCAGGCUUGUGUUUUGCUUAUUUUUAAUCUGCCAAAGGACAUACUUGCAUUGAUUAUUUUUUUUUACUCAAAAUUUCUACAUGACUAUACUGCAGCUUGCUGUUUCCUUAAAUGAAGCAUGGAUGCGAUAUUAAGGUGUGUUCCAAAGACUUAAACCCCCAGCAGAUGGGAGUCAUGGGUCUGAGUGCACUUAGACAGAGAAAUGCCAUGCCUUCAGCAGUUCUCUACUUGCUGAAGUUAAAAGGAAAACAUUGAGCUCUUCGGAGGUUUCAUGUGUAGGACGAAAGUUUGGACUCUAUAUCCCAAGUGGAACGAAGCAUACACAUUGUGUCCUUAGGUAUCUUAGCUCUGAUUAUGUGAGUAUUAAGAAACGUUUCUUUGUUCAGUAUUUCCUGUUUGUUUGGUUUCAAUCCCAUUCCCUUUACCAAGCACCAAUUUUCAACUGGUCUUUUGGAGGCAUUUUCCCAAGCACUGUGCUGACAGCUGCCUGAGCAGCCAACUCUUAUUCAUUGCACUCGGUAGGCAAGCCUCCAGCAAGCUCUGCUGAGGGUGGCAGAGUAGUAGGCAAAUAAGUCCUUUAUAAAAACCUGUUACAUUCUUCUUUAUAAUCCUUUAUUACUGUUUUUUAAUUAUGUAAAACCAUUGUUUUGCUCAAUGGUGAAGCGGCUUUAAUCAUCCUCAGAUUAGUAUAGCAGUCUGUGUAUACCUGAGUAAAACUUUCAUUUUCCUUCUGUACUCUAAGAAACAGCUCAUUUUGAUAUGUGUCAAAGAAGGUGUUAACUUGUUACUUAUGUAAAACACAAGCAAAGCUAAUUCUUGCUAGGAAGCAGGAAAUGCAGUGUGUUUGAUACACAGAAAACUGUUUCUCAUCAGUUUAAAAAACAAAGACUAGCACAGUGCUGAAAAUAAUUAUGUUUGAUUUUCAGUUAAUCCAGGAGCAGGGGAUGCUUGUCCAAAUUCUGUGAUUUAACUAAGGAAAAAACACUGGGGAUACAUGGUACCCAGAAUAGUACUUGAGAUAACCCUGUGGGGUGGUGACACUGAGUGUGGGAAUGGACAGCAGCGUCGUAUGUCUUUGAUGUCCAAUUGCUGUUUCUGUGUUGGAUCAGAUCUUAGUGGAGCUUUUCUUCCACAACAUGGAUAUUUGGCCUGAACUACAUGGUGGCACCUACUUUGAAACUUCUCUUCUGCCUCUAUGAAGUGAUAAUUUUUAAUCUUACUUUGACAGAGAUUUCAAAGUUUUUCGUAGCAGCUAUCAGAUAUUAAUAGGGAAGCUUACAACCAUUUCUUUUCUUUCUCCUGAAUUGUUUUAGAUCCCAUUUUGGACCCUUUUCAACCACAUUAUAUCUUUCUAAAAUCACAAUAAUUAAUUACUUCAAUUAAUUUUUUUCAAUGUACUUUAAUUAAAAAUAGCUGCUGGAAUUAAGAACCUCUGAUACAGAGUAAGCUGCCAGCUCUGAAGUAGUCCAUGGGCUGUAAUUUGUAAAGCUCUGUGGAAGAACCACUCAUUUAAAGGCUGUUCAUGCUGGAUUUAUUUUAUACAUGUUUUAUGGAAAUAUUUUUCUCACCUGAGUGAACGUGUCGAAGUCUUGUAUCUACUGUAUGGGGAAGUGUUCCCAUGGUCUUUUAUCUUAAACAUCGAUUGAAUCAGGCUUUUUGAUUUAGGAACUUUUCUGAUGAGUACAGGGGAGGCUGAGAAUCAAACUGGGAAACAGUGGUGGAGUUGUGCCUCAGGUUGAUUGGUUGGUUUUUCUGUUUGUAAACAGACAUCUUGUGUUUGCUACAGAAAAGUUUCAGUUGGAUUGUUUAGCAUAGGCUGGGUAGGACUAUUUGAAAGGCAAGGGAACAUAUCCCAAAGGAGGCAAUUUACCCAUUCUUCUCCUAAUGUGUUUUGUGGGAUUUAGUGUUUCUGAGCUCCUGAUGGAUGCAAAAGUGUCGUUAAUAGGCAGAAAUAUCUUCGUCUGAGGCCACAGCGUUAUCACAGUACCUCAAAUUCUUCACUGUGUGGGCCCAUAGCACCCUGGAGGUGCUCAAGGCCAGGUUGGAUGGGGCACUGGGUAGCCUGAGCUGGUGGGGGGCAGCCCUGCCCAUAGCACGAGGUGGGGCUGGGUAAGCUUAAAGGUCCCUUCCAACCCAAACAGUUCUGUUUUUCUGUGGUAAAAUCUUAGGGGCCUUAAUACAUGUGUUCAGAAUAAAGCUGCUCAGUUCAUCCAGUGUUGAAGGUUUCCAGUGUGAGUGUCUCCAGUAGGAACCGAGUGUCAGUAUUCCUGUUUUAUGUUUCUCCAUAUAUGGUGCUUUCUUCAUCUAGCCAUGUUUUUUCACUACAUGUAAAUCUAAGAGAUUUGAACUCCAUCUGUAGACAUCUCAUUAGCAACUUGUUAGGAGCGUAAUUAAAAAGUCCUCUUAAAAUGAGGUUCAAGUUUCCAUUAGUAAUCACUGAAAAGAUAGAUAUAUGAACCUUUAAGGUAUACUGAAAAGGCAGGUCAAGGCCAGUCUUCAUAAUUGAUACAAACCUUUUGCCUUCCCUGACUAUAGAGGGAGCCUACACACUUAGCAUAAAAGUGGCAUGUAACUUCUGGAGGCUGUGGUUUUGUGUUGUCAAAUUUGCUAUUUAAAACAAAAGGACUUGAAAACAAGAGUGAUAUUCAUAUGUGUAUCCACCGGUAUAGCUAAGCAGUCCUGCCUGGCCUGGCCUUGCUCUCUAUGAUAGUUUAUGAUGCAUUGUGUGUGUUCAGUAAAUGUGAAAUUAAAAGGGAUUUGUGUUUUCUCUAGCUAUGCAGCUGCUGCACUGUUGACUGAACACUUUUCAAUGCAUUUCCUGGUCUCAAUCACAAUACAUUAAAUAUGCAAUGAUAUCACCUCCUUAGAACUUGGAAACAAACUUGUGCUUUAAAGCUGCAGGCGUAUCAGGGAAAAUACUUGUUUUGCAAAGUGUUUCUUCUGCAGUCUUUCUGCAGUGAGUAUUUCUACAACAAUAUCUUAGCUUUUACAAAGUCUCAUGUACUGCAUGGUAUUCUCCAGGAGAUUCCAGAUCAUCCAUUUGACAUCCUGAAGUGCUCACAACACCUACGUGAGAUGUCCUAAAUAGGUUUAGAAGAUUAGGAUGCUGGCAGUGGGAGAAAAUACUCCAGUUUCUAGUACUAGAAACACCCACUGAAGUCUAGGGAAAUUCUCUGAGCACUGGUAGAUCUGGAGCCAAACUUUCAAGUGUCAUUCAUGAAGUGACAAAGAUGGGUGUCAGUCUUCUUGCUGUAUAGAAAAAGUCCUGACAAUUUCAUAAAGAUACUGCUCUCACUUACAUGGUCACAUGGUCAGACUAAUCGCUCUAAGUAGAAUGUAUUUUUCAAAAUGCUGUACAAGAUACAGGCAAACCUUAAGAAAACUUUAAAAAGUAAAGAGAAAAUUAAGCAUCAAUGGUUGCUUAUAAGCGUAUUUACAUAGCAACAUAUCAGUGAAGCAUUAAACAAAAGGAAGCAAAGAUGCAUUUGUGAGAGCACCUGUGAGAUAAGGAAAAAACAGAACUCUUGAGGCAGCCAAGUACAGCUUUAUGCAAAUAUGUUCUGAGAGCUCUUGUAAUUACAGGAGAAAGAGCCUCAUGCUCUGCAGUCAGCAGUACUGGACAUGAUUGAUACCUAUUUUUUGUCUCUUUUUCAGUCUCUGAAGUUUGGAGAAGAGUGCUGGGAAAGCACACUGUGCUUUGAGAACAUAAUAUUUCUUAUAUUUAAACAAAUGUUCUUUUCUUGGGAGAAGUAACAUUUUGUACUGCAGGUCUCACUAUGGAGAAACAACACAAGUACAUGCUGUUUUUGAAGCUGAGAUUCAUUGUCUGUCUCAUUCUUACUUGUUCCUUAGGGUAGGUGAAACUUGGCAUUCUGCAUCUCUUUAACUACCUUUCUUGAAAGUGAAACUUUAGCAUCUGUUAUUUGCUCCUGCAGAUCAAAUAAAUCCAGGCUUGCUUCAGUUUAUUUCUGCAGGAAAGUUAGGGAGGAUUCAGGGUGCGUGCAGAGGAGCUGGGAACAAUCUCAUUCAUUCUGUACAAUCUGUGCUUUUUGAGUGAGAAAGAAAGCAAAAUAUGAGUAGGACUGAGGAGGCUGUUCUAUGCAGUUGUUGUUUUCACAAGUUGUUUUAUGGCUAACUUCCAGUUUUUAAACUGGUCUUCUCAGGAGAUAAAUUUUAAACAAAAAAUACUUUUCUAAACAGUUUACUGAGCUUUUUGCCUUUUCUAUAAAACAAAGUAGCGGUUAUCCUCCGAAUGUGAUAUGUGGAUGAUGGUUAUGAUGCCCAUAUGAUGAAUAUACAUUCUUUCCUUUUAUAUCCUAACAUAACACUUCCAUAUGCAUUACAAUUCAUAUCAGCUUCAGAAAUAAAUGCUUUUUCAUCUAGAGAUUAUCUUCAGAGCAGCACACUGUAAAGGAACCUACAGGUACCCUUGUUUGUUUUAAAAGCUAGCUUUAUAAAUGCAUCAUAGAAACGCUUUUAAUUUUUCUAGCAUUUCUCAGGAAUGUUAAUGCAAGGGAGGAUAAAUCUAGUCUGUAAAUAAGGAAUCUAAAGGGUGAGGGUGUUGAAAUCAAUGGGGGUCUAAGCACCUCGCUAAAUUUGUGAGUCCCAGUGUAAGACAGUAACCAGUGUGCCAGGUGCGUGUGUUGGCUGCAAGCCUACUGUCUAAGAAUGUUAGUGAGAGCUCAGCUUGUUGUCUCUAAUGAGAUCGCUAGAACUACUUCGAUAAACAUUAUCUUGAAAGAUGAUCAUGGCCUAUGUGUACCUGAGAAAAGGGUAAGAUGCUUUGAUCAUUCUCUGUGGAGGUAUUACAAAGUAUUUGCUUAACCUGGUUCUUUUGGUUCUGGGCAGGAGCUGUGUCCCAAAUCCCAUGUCAUUUGUCAGAAGAAAAAAAAAAAAAAGAAAAAAAAGAAGUUUUUUACCCACAAUAAGAUAAGCAUGUAUUUCCUACAGUCAUCUUCAGAAUUAUUUCAGAGGCUAAGCAAAUUUUAAGGCUUGUUCACAGAAGGAUGUAGUUCCCUUGUGUCUGUGUUGUUAUGUGGCCCUGGCAACAUACUGGACUAGACUAUCACUUGUGACUGGGUGCCACAAGCGAGCUGUUGAGGUCUGUUAUGAGUGAAAUUUACGUUUUUCUAGAUUUCACUUUUUUAGAUCUUUUUGUUCUCAGUGAGUGGAAAAAUAUACUGUUCUUGUGUGCGUGUACAGUGCCUUAGCACAAGAGAAAUACAGAAGCCAGUUUACAGAAUGACACAGCCUUUAAAUAAGAGACGUUGGCUUUAUUAAUGGGCAUAUAUCUUUUUUUUUUUUAGUAUGCACACUUUUGUAUAUGAAUGCUUCAAUUACUGUUUAGAUGAAGUUAAUAGAGGAAAAUGGUUAAGGGCUUAACCCGAUUCGUGUUACUGUAUUAAUAACUCUGCGCUCCUAGAGACAUGGUUUUAAAAAAGCAGGAGUGACAUUAUAUACAACAAGAUUAAAGGCAAAAUUUAGCUGAAUUAAAAUAUGUAGUUAUUAAAUGAUAUUCAUAAUGAUACUUUGGAAGAUAUAACAUUGAGAAAGCAAACUGUUCUUACUUUGUAGCAUCCACCAAAACACAUUGGCUCGCUUUUCUUUCAGUGUGAAAGAUUCUUACCUGAUCUCAUGGGGAUAAAAAACAACUCUUUCAACGUAUGACCAGAACAAAUGUCAUUUAAAAAAAAAAAA